AUGAGUAGCAGAGGCAUAGCUUGUGUUCCCUAUGCUGAUUGGAUGGAAGAUUCCGAUGACAUAGGGGACGAUGAUUCCGAUGAAUUCACCGGAUGUUGCUAUUCAUAUAAAUAUUCUGGGAAAUAUUCUAAGUAUCGCAAAAAUGGGGAAGUAAAAUACAGAAGGGAGAUUCCGAUCGAAGCGAUUAAGUCUCAGUAUAUGUCAGAAAACGAUCCUCGAACGAAAUUUGAUCCAGAUGGUAAUCCUUGUCGUUUUAUAAAAUUUGAAGAUCUUAUUAAGAAUAAAUACGAACUUGGAAAGCUGUUUUUGAAGGAUCAGAAGGGAAUAAAUACAUUAAUGCCCCAUGAAACUAAACCUGAAAACUUUUUAUCUCUUUUGAAUAUUGAGAGCGAAGUAAUCAAGUUUACUAAUAGUGAAAUAGCGGAAAUGACCGACGAACAACUUCACGGAGAGCUCGAUAGGGUCAAUAAAGAGCUAGAAAUACAAAUGGAUUUCGAAGGAUUGAAUAACGACUUUGUUGUCAUUCCUCCAUACGAUGAACGCAUAGAGAACAGUAUAUCUAUACGCGCUGAUAUUACUAUGUUUGAUUGGAAGGCUCUUGGCUCGAGAUGUAAAUUCGAUGUAAUAAUUAUGGAUCCUCCGUGGAUGAUUCAGCCGGGACAAGUCACAAGAGGUGUCAGCUUGGAUUAUAAUCUACUUGAAGCCGCGAGAAUUGAGAAAAUGCCCUUAAAAUUGGUUCAAGACAACGGAUACUGCUUAAUGUGGGUGGUCGCGUCGAUGCUGUCUACUGGUAUUAAGAUGAUGAAGACAUGGGGAUACAGUAUUGUCUCUUUCGGGAACUGGGUAAAAAUAUCUAAAUUUGGAAGGUAUUCUCCAUCGAAUGGAUACUUCCUGCAGCAUUGUAAGGAGACAUUUAUCAUCGGCGUAAAGGGAAAACCCAUCGAUGGAGCGAAUCUCGACGCAUAUUCGGAUAUUAUCUUGUCGGAAAGAGCCAGAAGCCUGAGAAGCUGUAUGAGAUCUUGGAGAAAAUGUUUCCUGGAAGAAUGUACUUGGAAAUUUUUGCUCGAGCUCAUAAUCUGA